GGGUGGGAGAAGCCGCAUAGCGCAGAAGCUCGUGUACGGUCGAACGUGCAGCAUCGUGGAGGGUCGUGGAGCGCUAGUUGUUCUCUGCGCGCUUGCAAAUCAGGAAAUUGUGCAUAUUUGAUCUGCCGGUGUUCUGACACAUCGACCUGGGAGUCCACCUUCGAAUAAGGUAAAAGUGUCAACAACACGUCUCGUCUUGGAAGUUGGCUGAAGUUGGCGUUUCCUGUGACUUCUAUUUCUCCAAAAUGCCAUUCUCAGCAGACGCGGCAGCGAAUCAGAUAGAGGAGCGUUUGAAGACGAUCCACAACCUUAUGUUAGAGAUACAGAGCCAGCGCGUCCGCUCGGAGCACAAUCUGAACAACAUCACGAAGACGCAAGAGAAGGUCACGCCGGACGACAAGGUAUCUCAGUAUUACCAGCAGAAGCUGAAGAACCUGUACAACAUCGCGAUAAAUGAUUCCCAGCUGGAAGAAGAAUUGCUGCGCAAGGUCCUCACCAUGAUCAACGAAAUACGUACUAUACGGUAUGAGCGGCGCAUCCAGGCGCGUAACGCCGGAAACAAGGAAACCAUUAGGCGUGGAGCGUUGAUGAAGAUGCUGCUGAGCACUGCCCAGACCCUGCCCCUUUACGUGGGAAAGGUACCAGGUGGUAAGCCACCACCAUUGUGCGGCGCAAUACCCGCUGAGCCCACAUACAUUGCGAGAAUGGGUGACAUGGUAGCCGCACUGGUAAAAGGUAACGAAGAGGGCGAGAACUGGAUACUCGCCGAGGUUGUGAACUUCAACCCUGCGACUAACAAGUACGAAGUCGACGACAUCGACGAGGAACAGAAGGAUCGUCAUACUUUAUCGCGAAGGCGAGUGGUGCCACUACCAUUGAUGAGGGCCAAUCCCGAGACCGAUCCGCACGCUCUUUUCCCAAAAGGGUCCACCGUUAUGGCAUUGUAUCCGCAAACUACCUGUUUUUACAAGGCGAUCGUGAAGCAACUACCGACCACUGCCACCGAAGAGUAUGAAAUUUUGUUCGAGGAUGCCGCGUAUAACACUGGAUACUCUCCACCAUUGAACGUGGCGCAACGGUAUGUGAUUUCCAUUAAGGAAAAUAAAAAGAGUAAGAGCCAGUAAUAGACAGUCGAAAAUGCGCAUUUAAAGAAAACGAGCAUUCGAUUAAGCCUAUCAGUUUCUGUUUCCGAGCGUUACUUCCUUCCCCUUUUGAUGAAACAGAUUGAAAUGAUCACGAACCAUCAGAGCCAAAGAAUAGAAAACGUGAUUCGCAACCGCGAAAUCGAAGCUGAUAGUAACACGAAAGUAUUAAGUUUUUUAUCAGAUUAAGACUUUUUCCUACCUACAUUAAUUUUGCAAUAAAUUAUUUUUUCGUAA